AUGGCUAGAGCAAUCACCAAGAUCACCAACAAGGCCGAGCACGAUGCCGUGGUAGCUGAGGCUGAAAGAACGACUCCAACAGUCAUCGCUGUCAUAAACAGCGCAACCCCACGCUGCAAGGCUUUUCUUCCGGCCUUCGAAGGCGUCGCAGCGGACCAUGGCCACCGACGACUCAAGUUUGCGACCAUGGACUUCAACAACGACACAUCGUACAUGUUCAAAUUCGCGCCGAACCAGCUUCCAGUGGUCGUGUUUCUGCGUUCGAAAUGGUGUCGAUCGAUUAUGGGUGCGAGCUCACAGGAACUGAGUGAAGGUAUGCAAGAGCUUUUGGCGGGCACUGAUGAAAUGGCGCCGUCAGAACUGGGUCCGCGCGGUGAAGUGUCUGUUGCGCUGCGGGAGAAGCGCGAUCUUCAGCUAGCCACGUAG